AGUCUCAAGUCGCCCCUCAGAGCGAUUGGAUAUCGUUCGUUAACAUCACCGAGCCUACAUAUUGUCGGCGUUCGUUUCCGCGGGUUUUUGGCUUCGCUUAGUUAUUCGUUCAUUGUUUUAUUAUUAUUUAUUGUUUGAAUCUUUUACCUACGUUUAAAUCAUGCCGGAAAAGACCUCUCCGGUGAAGGACUUCCUCGCAGGCGGUGUGGGCGGGUCGUGUACAGUCAUCGUGGGCCAGCCUUUAGAUACGAUUAAGGUGCGACUGCAAACCCAGCCCAAGCCAGAGCCGGGUCAGAAGCCUUUGUACCUCGGAACAUGGGACUGCGCGUUGAAGACCGUCCGCAACGAAGGUUUCUUGGGGCUCUACAAAGGAAUGGCUGCUCCACUCAUUGGCGUGACUCCCAUGUUCGCCGUUUGUUUCCUCGGCUUCGGCAUCGGCAAAAAGCUGCAGCAGAAAGACCCUGACGAGGCCCUCACUGCCGUCCAGCUCUUCAAUGCCGGCAUGCUGUCGGGCGUCUUCACCACAGCUAUCAUGACUCCGGGGGAGAGGGUCAAGUGCCUUUUGCAAGUUCAAGCUGCAGGCACAGGCCCGAAGCUCUACAACGGACCCCUUGACGUUGUAAAAGUCUUGUACAGAGAAGGGGGUAUUCGUAGCAUAUACAAAGGAACCUGUGCUACUCUUCUCAGAGAUGUCCCAGCAUCGGGCAUGUACUUCAUGACUUACGAGUGGUUGAAGAGAACACUUGCCCCCGAGGGGAAGUCGGGCGAUUUAAGUCCGAUGCGUGUCAUUGUCGCCGGUGGAUUGGCCGGCAUGUUUAACUGGCUUGUGGCUAUUGGACCUGAUGUUCUGAAGAGUAGAUUGCAGACAGCUCCUGAAGGGAAAUACCCUCACGGCAUCCGCAGCGUGUUCAUGGACAUCAUGAAGAACGAGGGUCCCUCUGCACUCUUCAAGGGAGCCGCCCCCGUCAUGAUCCGAGCUUUCCCCGCCAAUGCUGCCUGUUUCCUGGGUUACGAAGUGGCCAUGAAGUUCUUGAACUACAUCGCACCAAACCUGUAACUCGUCGCAUGCGCUGUAAAAUAAACGCUGCGUAAGAAGAUUGUAAAUAACUCUCUAGGUCUACUGUUGGUAGGACUUGAAAGGUUUAUAUAUUUUUAUCAUGAUCUAAAUACAGUGCUAAUUGUUUAUGAAAAGAGGGUGUUGCCGUGGUAACCUAAUGCAGGCAGGUUUGAAAGAGGUACGUCGUAAUAUUACGACAGUGUACCUCGUUCUUGGAGGCUUAAUGUUGGUUUUAAUACAUUUAAUUGUUAGUUAUUAGUCAUCAAAUUACUGCCAUGACAACAGUUGUACUUACUGCUCGUCAACCAGCAGAUGGUAACACAGUCCUGAUAACAAAGAUACUGCCAUUUAAAGUUUAAAAAUACCAGUGUUCAUUUUACUUAGCUUGCUCAUGUGAAGUCUGAAUGGUUACUUGGCCUUUACUGAUUUCGUUAGCAGAACUUAUUGCAUAUGGGAACUUUUAGAAUGUUUACUGUAGUUGAAAAAUUCAAUUUUUACUUCAUUAUUAAUUGAUAAGUCAUCCGAGUAUAGGCAACAUCACAGUUUGUUCCUAUUUGAACAGAUAAGGACCUUUACUAACCUCAAGGACCGUUACUGUCCAUGUGAUGUGAGCAAUAUGGAUGCGAAUUAUGAAUUAUGAGUUUGAUUAUGUUGCCAAUUACAUAAAAGAAACCAAGUUACUGUCAGGUCAUAGGUUGUCAAAUUUGGUAAGCUCUCAUACCAUAGCCAAGAUUUUUUUAGCCGACUGAUUAUAUAUCACAGGGUAUUGUUAAAAUUUUACAUUUUGUUCAAGACUUCUAGUUUUUAAUGAAACCAUAUGAAAGUUUCACUGGUUCUGAAGAUGAGGGUAACUUAUCCAUCCCAUUGCCAUCAGGUAUGUAGUAUUACAUCUGCAUAGUUGCUCUCUCUCUUUCUCUCUCCUUCGACUGGCGUUUGAAUGCCUUUUUCUACGCCCUUUAUGAAAUUUUAAAGGGAGUUCAUCAUAGCAGAUUAUGGUUUACAUAAAGAAUAAGUAUAAUUUAGGAAUAAAAAAAAGUUUUAAAUGUAAAUAUAAAUAAAGUUGACAUCAACUUUAUUGUAGGAAUAUCCAAUUUUUGGGGAACCUUUUAAUAAUAUUUUCCCUCUAAUGUUUUUCCAUAGUGAAUAUUUUUAAUCAGUUGUAUUUAAUAUGCUAAUACAAUUGACAUAUGCAAUAAGUAGAUCCUCUGCCUUGGGGGGUUACACAUUUGAUUAUUUGCCAGUAAUGUACAGCAGUCUUUAUUUGUAGUAUAAUUAAAAUUUGUUUUAUAUAACCUUCAUAUCAACAUGUAUACUCUUGACUUUAACUUUAUACAUUCAUGAAGGUUUCGAACCCUCGGCAAUUAAGCAGUUCCAAAACUUGCCAUAGCUUUUAUAAUGAUAAAACAAUCCAUUACAUUUUGGAUGUCUGUUUGUGAUAUUUAAAUAAAUCUCCGAGGUGGUUAACUCUUCUGUCGAGAAAGGUGACAAAGUCUCUUCCGUUCAGUCCUACCAGCUGCUUCCAUCAUUGUCCAAGGUGCCCUCGGCACUCUGCCGAGUAUUUGCAGACUUAUUUUUGUACGAAGGUCGGCUUUGUUGACUUUGUGAAAGUUAUCAAUAAAGCUUUUGUAUGUUUUGGCACAACUCGUUCUUGGCAAUUUCAGUUAAGUACAACAGUGUAAUAUGAAAAUCAUAAGUAACUUAAGUAUCAUAAUAAGUGCUAUUUGUUUACAUAGAGAUUUAGUAGAAUUUGUUAAUUUUUUUUUACUUUUAAGAACUUCAAUAGUUUAUUAGACUGAUUCCUUGUCUAAGGAAUACACUGCACUGCUAUUGGCAGUGAUAAUCAAUGCAAUUAAUUAAGGAAUUUGAUUUUGAGUGUUACAAUUGUGUUUCUUACAUUUUCCACAUUACUGGACGCCAGUCCUGAUGCUCUCACGAAAACAUAUAUUAAUAGAUUCUAUCUUGUAUUUUUUUAGAGCCUGUUGCUUUGUAUCAUUGUAAAUAUAUAUUUGCAAGUACAAUGUACAAUUUAUCAAGAAUCAUACGUUGGCUGAUACAGAUUUGGUUCUAGUACUAAAGAAGGUGUUUUUCUGGUGUUUUUAAUUUACUUACAGGAACGUACUGAGUGACGACCUGUGAAAUUAAGAGAUAGUAUAUGUUUCGAGACAUUAAAGAAACUUGGCAUCCUUUUAUAGAG